AUGAGGGCCCUUGAUAUCUCUCUCACUGGUCUCCUCAUCUUGGCCCCCUUGGUCCACCUCCUCACCUCUCCCUAUACCAAGGUCGAGGAGUCGUUCAACCUGCAGGCAGUUCACGAUAUUCUCAUCUACGGGACCCCAACUCAGGAUGUUCACCAGCGUCUCUUGGACUCUUAUGAUCACUUCACCUUCCCCGGCGCCGUGCCUCGCACCUUCCUUGGUGCUGUGCUCCUCGCCGGCCUAGGCCAGCCCAUCAUCGCCCUCGUCGGCUUCCAGCAUGCCCAGCUCGUUGUCCGCAGUAUCCUCGCCGCAGCCAACGUCGCCGCCCUGUUGACUUUCAAGAAUGCUCUCAGGAGAGCCUAUGGACCUGGCGUGGCGGGGUGGUGGGCUCUCUUUAUUGCCAGCCAGUUCCACAUCAACUAUUACCUCUCGCGGACUUUGCCAAACAUGUAUGCUUUUGGCCUAACAACUCUUGCUUCGUCAUUCCUUCUACCCCAGGCAAACCCGCAGAUGGCUUCCAUCCGCCAGAAGCAGGCCAUUGCCCUCCUCGUCAUCUCGGCCGCCAUCUUCCGCUCCGAAGUUGCCAUUCUCCUCAUCACUACUGCCCUCUAUCUCCUUGUCACCCAUCGCAUCUCAUUACGCACCCUCAUCGUUGUCUUCUUGGGCUCCUUCACCGCUGCACUUGUUGUUUCGGUACCCCUGGACUCUUACUUCUGGCAGAAGCCCCUCUGGCCCGAGCUAUGGGGUUUCUACUUCAACGCCAUUCUUGGAUCUUCUUCAGAGUGGGGGGUUUCCCCCUGGUACUACUACUUCAGCUCGGCGCUGCCAAAGCUUCUGCUUAAUCCUAUGGUACCGCUGCUCGUGGUUUUGGCUCUUGUUCAGCCAGGUACCUCACGUGCUGCUCGAGACUUGUUGAUCCCCAACCUACUCUUCGUUGCCAUCUACUCUCUCCAGCCACACAAGGAGGCCCGUUUCAUCUUCUACGUUGUUCCGUCUCUGACCGCUACUGCCGCACUUGGCGCCAAUUUCAUUGCCGUGCGUGCUGUCAAGUCCGCCUUUAACCAAGCGAUACUCCUGGUUCUUGGCCUCUCCACCGUGGCUAGUUUCGGCGCCAGUCUUGUCAUGCUCCUCUUCUCCUCGCUCAACUAUCCCGGCGGCGACGCCUUGAAAGAGGUCUACGCCGUAUCUCGCGACGAUCCUUCCCCCAUCGUCGAUGUUCACGCUGACGUGCUGACCUGCAUGACAGGGCUCACGCUCUUCGGGCAGAACCCCUCGGGCUACCCCAUCGCGUAUCCCAUCAGCCCAGAACCUGAGGCGACUUCAUCUGUGCUGCUGUUUGACAAGACGGAAAAGGGAGACCAGCUCCUUUGGCAAUCCUUCUGGGAGCGCUUCGACUACGUUUUGGCCGAAGACCGAGACAAGGUGCUAGGUGAGUGGCAAGUUCUGGGAGUGAUAAUGGGCUAUGAUGGCAUUGAGAUCCUCAAGCCGGGGAGUUCAGCUACUGGAGAAGAGGAAGAAAGGGUCUUGGGCCAAGGUGCUCGUAUCGCCGCCAUCAGGGACUUUGUCAGAAAGUACACAGGUGGGUGGUGGAUCGGACCCCGAAUGUCGCCGCGGAUCCGAAUCUUGAACCAGGGCAAAUAG